AUUUUUUAGAGAGAGAGAUUCUGCGUGUCAAGUUUAUGAGAAUUUUCUGAUUAAUCUUCAAGAAGAAAACUGUGUUCUUUAUAUUCUUGCUUUUUCAUCACAUCAUCUUCUUCCUUGUUAACUUGUUCAUAGUACUGUUUGCUUUGCUUUGCUUGAUCAUCCAUUAUCACGCAGACAGUGAUACAGAGACAGGGUCUGAUUCAAAGAAACGAAACAAAACGAGGGUUUUCCGUACUUUUUGCUUUUAUACAUUCUGUUGAUACAAUGGUUAUCGCUAAUGAAUCACUCAUGCCGGACCAUCGUCAAGUGUGGAGCAAUGGCGGUGGCGGUGGUGGCGUUGUCAAUCCCUCAGUGGGUGAACUUGAAGGAGCUUUAAGAAGGUUGAAAGUUGAUCAUCCUGAACGGCCUGGAGAACAGGACUGUGUAUACUAUUUAAGAACUAGACAUUGUGGGUAUGGAAACAAUUGUAGGUUCAAUCAUCCUGCUUUUGUAGGACAGGGUGUAACCAAUGAAGAAGAAUUGCCAGAAAGAGUUGGGAAACUUGAUUGCUUGUACUAUCUUAGGACAGGGACAUGCAAAUAUGGAUCGUUGUGUAAAUAUCAUCAUCCGCCGGAUAGGCAUAAUGCUGCACAGGUUGUGUUCAAUUCUCUCGGCCUGCCUAUGCGACAGGAAGAGAAGUCAUGUCCAUUCUACAUGAGAAAUGGACACUGCAAAUAUGCAGCUGCAUGUAAAUUCCAUCAUCCUGAACCUGGACUACCAUUUCAGCAGGUGUUUCAAAAUUAUGCCCCUUUUAUUUUACCUACACAAAGUAUCAUGCCUUCAAAUGGAUGGAAUGCUUAUCUGGGGUGCUUGAGUCCAUCAUCUGCUAUACCUUCUUUGGGGUCGGAUCUUUCUUAUUACAAAAGUGUGGUGGAACCAGGGUCCAGUUCAAUGGAAUCAAUUGUUUCUCAUCUGCCUGAAAGACCUGAUAAACCAGAAUGCCGGAAUUACUUGAACACAGGAAGCUGCAAAUAUGGAUCAGGAUGCAAGUUCCAUCAUUCUCGGGAAAGAGCUCCUCAGUCGGUUCCUAACACUUUAGGGCCACUUGGACUUCCAAUGAGACCAGGAGAAGCUGUGUGUUCAUUCUAUAGUUCUCAUGGAUUAUGCAAGUAUGGGCCCACGUGCAAAUUUGAUCACCCAUUUGCAGGGUAUUCGUAUAGCAUGAGCCUUCCAACUCUCUCCUCCACACUUUAUCAUCGAAUGAACCCGUCUCCAUCUAUGGUCUACUAUGCUGAAGCAUGUCCAACUAAAAGUUCAUACAAGUUAAUAACCGGCUGGACCCAGAAACCUGAGGUGGUUCCAAUUGACAAAGAUCAGGUCCCAACUGUUGAGACUUCAUCUGAACAAUCUGUCUCUCUUUAAAUCAAGGGGCUCUUAUCACUGAUGCAUGAUGUCAUGCAGUUAAAGCAACACUUUUUGAACUUUUUGUGCAUCCCCUUUUCACCUAGGAAGGCUCUUUCUUUUUGGGUUCUGUUUUGUGGUGAAUAAAAAUGGUGGUGAAGAACUCUUUGGGAAUUGUUGGAAAGUAAACAAUGUUUGUUCACAUAUGUGUGGUUAUGAAAGAUUUAUUUUGCUUCUCAAGUU